GCGGGAUCCGGCUUUGGAACGUUGGAGGUUUCCGGCCACAGAGGCAGAGCCUCCUGGAAGCCAAGAGGGGCGGGGAGACACACGAAGAGAAGCUGAGGAGACCAAAAAUUGAGACAGAGCAGAUCAGGACGGGAGGCAGAAGAGAAAGCCUGGCAGAGAGAAGGUCCAAGGGGCUAGUGAUCUGCCCACCAGACUGGGACACUUGCUAGUUCUAUACCCCAACCCUACCCCAGGCUUUCUGACCUCUACUAGUCUGGGCGCUGGGAAGUCCAGCUGGAUGCAGGCAGCCUGGCUCUUGGGGGCCCUAGUGGUCCCUCACCUUUUGAGUUUUGGCCAUGGAGCCCGGGGUCAUGGGAGGGAAUGGGAAGGAGUCUGGGGAGGUGCCCUGGAGGAGGAGCGAGAUCGGGAGUCACUGAUGUUGAAGAAUCUCCAGGAGGCCCUAGGGCUGCCCACUGGGGUGGGAAAUAAGGAUAAUCUUGCUGAAAACUCUGAAGGCAAAGAGGUCUGGGAGGCCACGGAGACUCAAGGGGAAGAAGAGGAAGAGGAAACUACCACAACACCUUCUUCUAGCCCCACUCCUUUCCCCAGCCCUUCUCCUACAUCAGAGGACACUGUCACUUACAUCCUGGGCCGCUUGGCCAGCCUCGAUGCAGGCCUACACCAAUUGCACAUCCGUCUGCAUGUUUUGGACACCCGUGUGGUUGAGCUGACCCAGGGGCUGCGGCGGCUGCGGGAUGCCGCGAGUGACACCCGCGACUCAGUGCAAGCUCUGAAGGAGGUACAGGUCCGUGCUGAGCAGGAGCACGGCCGCUUGGAGGCGCUUUGGCUCCUCCUGAUGGUUUUCGACCACAGGAGGGCUGGUCUCCUUUUAACCACGCCUCCAAGUACCUCUGUCUUCGCUUCACUGGUCACAGAGGUUCCAACUUUGCCUCCGCCCCUUUUCAGCCUCCAAUGCUAUAACAACGCCCCCUGCAGUCCUGACUCGGCUUCAUUGGUCUCCCGGCCUCAGCGCUUUGGCUCCGCCCCCAGCUGCCUGAAGGGCCUGCGCCUAGGCCACAAAUGUUUCCUGCUCUCGCGAGACUUCGAGACACAGGCGGCGGCGCAGGCGCGGUGUAAGGCUCGAGGUGGGAGUUUAGCGCAGCCUGCGGACCGCCAGCAAAUGGAUGCUCUAAGCCGGUACUUACGAGCUGCUCUUGCCCCCUACAACUGGCCAGUGUGGCUGGGAGUGCACGACCGGCGCUCGGAGGGGCUCUACCUUUUCGAGAACGGCCAACGCGUGUCAUUCUUCGCCUGGCACCGCGCACUCAGCCCGGAGUCCGGCGCCCAGCCUAGUGCGGCAUCCCAUCCACUCAGCCCGGAUCAGCCCAAUGGCGGCAUCCUAGAGAACUGCGUGGCCCAGGCCUCAGACGACGGCUCCUGGUGGGACCAUGACUGUGAGCGACGCCUCUACUUCGUCUGCGAGUUCCCUUUCUAGAGAGCAGGUCUCUGCCACGGAGCUCUAGCGCACAUUCUGCACCGUACACCGCGCACCCUACUGUUAGGGGUCUUGGGUCGCUCAGAGAUUAAGCAAGACCAUGGAUACAUUUUAAUAAGAAGAGGCUUUUAAUUUUAGAUACUGGCACCCAGACUGAUUGGGGCCAAGGUCUACACCUGAGAUCGCUUCCAAGAUGCAAGCCCUAGCUAUUACCAGCCCAGAGCUUAUAAAGAUUGCAUGUAGAUUGCUGACAUGGAGGCAGGGGCUUAAAUUUUAACAUAUAUGUCUUGCAGUUAUCCUAGUUGUCCUUUGAGCAGAGGAAGCAAGAUUGAUUACAAAAGCAGAGAUAGCAGUUAGUCUUACAACUAAAUUUGCUAGAACAGCAAAUUUUACAAAGCCAAUCAAUUUCAAAAUAGUCUUCAAUGUCUGGGAGAAAGGGGAAGUGGACUGCUAGUGUACAGCCUGCACAAGCUAGGAGCUUUCGUCUUAGAGCCAUAUUUGCUUUGGUCUCUCAAGCGUAGUGAGUCUAAACUUCUAAAUGUAAUGUUGAUACCUACGGUGUACAUUCUGCACCCUGUACCCUACACUGUGCGCCCCACAUUCCACUCUGUACACCUUCCAUUCUACAACCUACAUAGUGCAACCUGCACCUUGAACUUUCCUUGGGCCAGAAGUGCCACCAAUCCUGGCUGGUCCCCCACCCCCACCCUGAGAGCUAGCCUAUACAACUUCUCCAUGUCCCCCCACCUGUCUUUGAAACUUCAAGGUCCCAACUAGGCCCGGUGCCAAUAAAUCCUUUUAAAAUAUAAUUUGAGGGGCUGUGGAGUCAUCUGGCCUUUAUCUUGCCUGGGGGAGGGGGGCAGUUAGGAAGUACCAGACCCUGACUUUGGGUAAUUGUGUUUUUAAAAUACAGAAUGUCAGAGAGCACAUGUGCAUAGGAACAUGCGGUUGUGCACCCCUGUGCACAGAUGCCUGGCGUAUUCAUGCACCUAUAUAGGUGCCAACAUCCCUAGCCUGCUUCCUCACAGAGCCUUUAGGACCUGAGCCCUGUCAUCAUUUCAGACAUGGGCCUUGGCCCUGAGCAGAGGCCAAGGAAGCAUGAAGGUGCGUUUUAGGUCUUGUUUUCUCAGACCUGUUUUCCCGUUGGGGGAGGCAGGUGGGGGCCACAGUAUUACUCCAUCAAGCCCAUUCCAGAGAGGAGAGACACCCACCACACUCAGAACCUCCCAAGUAUGUGAGGACUUUCCUUAUGGGAACCUGAGGUUCCCUCAGUUAUUUCCUGCCUGAGAAGACAAGUCAGUCUUCCCUCUCUGAGCCCAGGUCUCCUAGUCUGAUAGCUAGGGCAGCCUCUCCCAUUUUGCAUGUCUCUUUGGUGCAGCCUUGUAACCUGAACAUCAGAAAUGUGGAAGUGGCUGAACAUGUACCACCAACCACCUCUGCCCAGACCUUACCACUUCAUGCUUUAUCUUCUGAUAGGAUUACUCCUAGCCCUGGGCCAGCCUGACUCUCAGCACUGCAUGCAGGUGACGGUGUUGUGUGACUUUUUAUGGGCUGAUGUGAACAGAGGUCUGUUUACACCAGAUAGGGCACCAAAGACAGUCUGAAGAAAUGAUCACACCCAAAUCUAGCUGCAUCCCUGGAAGACCCUCAUCCCAUGUCCCCAUGUUACAAUCUGCAGGCUGCUUUAGCUCUAGUGAAGAGUCUCCCUUCUCUUUGCAGUUGUUUACUGAUGGAUGACCUGGAGGUAGGGGUUGUGAAUUUGUAACUUUGAACUUUCUGCUUUCUUAUGACCCUCCCUCCUCCCUCCAAGGAGGGAUUAAAAUAAUGAUGUGUUUGCCUGCA